ACUCCCAUAACACCCACGGCGCCAUGGAUUUCCUCUUUCCACACACGAGCACUAUCAUGGCCGGAGUACUCCUUCCUCUACUCGUACUUCUCUACUAUUUCCUAGGGAAAUCUAAAACUUCAAAACAUAUUCCGCCACCUGAAGCGGGCGGUGCGUGGCCUAUAAUAGGCCACCUCCGGCACCUAACGUCCUCUCAGAUGCUCCCCCACGUAUCCUUGGGAGCCAUGGCCGAUAGAUACGGACCCAUUUUCACCAUCCGGGUCGGGUUGAAACGUGCCGUGGUGGUGAGUAAUUGGCAAACAGCCAAGGAGUGUUUCACUACGCAUGACACGGUUGUCACGUCGCGGCCGAAGUUUGUAUCUGCCGAUCAUCUCAGCUACGACGAGGCCAUGUUCGGCUUCGCUCCCUAUGGUGCUUAUUGGCGUGAAGUGCGCAAGAUAAUCUCGGUCGAGUUGCUCGGGAGCCGCCGGGUUAAGUUGCUCGAGCACGUCCGUGUUUCUGAAACGCAGGACUCUAUAAAAGAGCUUCAUAAGCUUUGGGCAGAGGCCAAGGCCAACUCAGGGUAUGUCUUGGUGGAGAUGAAGCAGUGGUUUGCUGACUUGACCAUGAAUGUGCUGGUCAGAAUGGUUGCCGGAAAAAGGUACUUCGGUGUUGCUGCUGACAGUGAUGAGGAGGAGGGGCGGCGCUGCCAGAAGGCAUUUAGGGACUUCUUUCACUUUGUGGGAAUGUUUCUACCGGCCGAUGCCAUUCCUUUCUUGCGUUGGUUAGACUUGGGGGGACACGAAGAGGCAAUGAAAGAAACAUUCAAGGAAAUGGAUCGUGUAAUUUCCGGAUGGUUGGAGGAACAUCGCCGGAGGAGAGAACCGGGUGGUGGUUAUAAGGGUGAUCAAGACUUCAUGGACAUCAUGCUUUCAACUCUUGAAGGGCUGUGUCUUGCUGGUUACGAUGCGGACACCGUCAACAAAGCUACAUGCUUGCAAGUGAUCAUGGCAGGCGCCGACACCACUUCAGUGAUGUUGACGUGGGCACUAUCACUCCUAUUGAACAACCGCCAAGUGUUGAAAAAGGUACAAGAAGAAUUGGAUCUCCAUGUUGGCCAGGAAAGACAAGUGGAUGAAUCAGAUAUCACCAAACUUUUCUAUCUCCAAGCCGUAGUAAAAGAAACACUACGCUUAUACCCAGCAGGUCCGCUAGCCGGCCAAAGGGAAUUCGCAGAAGAUUGCUCAGUAAGUGGCUACCAUAUCCCCAAAGGAACACAGCUGAUUCCAAACUUGUGGAAGAUCCAUAGGGACCCAAUGAUGUGGGCUGAUCCGUCGGUGUUUCGCCCAGAGAGGUUCCUCACGGCGCAAAAGGAUGUUGAUGUGAGGGGACAACAUUUUGAGUUGAUCCCGUUCGGAGCAGGUAGAAGAGUGUGCCCCGGGAUCGCCUUAGGUGUCCAGAUGUUGCACUUCGUGCUGGCUAGGUUACUCCAGGGAUUUGAGCUUUCGACACCAAAUGAUGCUCUAAUUGACAUGACUGAGAGCGCUGGAUUAACAAAUGCUAAAGCCACUCCACUUAAAGUACUUGUUGCACCUCGUUUAGCUCCUAGUCAUUAUCAAUAGUUAAAGUGAUGCAGGCCAUCUUUAAUUAUUCUAGAAAUAUAAGGGUUUUAGUUUAUCAUUUCGAAAUUAGUAUAUUAUUAAGGAACUAGUAUAUUUGAUUUCAAUAUCUUGUUGGGAGUCUUGGAGUUAGGGAAAUAUCUUAUAGUGAUUUGUUUUUCAAUUAUUGUUGAUUUUGUUUACUUUUAGUAUUUACUUGGUCAAGAAGAAUAGUUUGUUUCAUAUAUUUGCAUUCAAUCACUCAAUCGACUUUAGAUGUA